CUUCGCCUCCAGCCCGGACGCGCCCGGGCGCCGCUGUUGCCCGGCUGAGUCACGGGCCGGGCUGGGCGCGUGUGGGAAGGGGCGGAGCAGUCCGAGGGCGCUCGGCGGGGUUCGGCCCGGGCCGCAGGUGACCCGGACGGCCUCGCCGCCCGCAGCGUCCGAGCCCGGGUGACCCUGUGCGGAGCCAGAUGCUGGGCGACCGCUGACUCGCUGGAGAAGGGCGGAGCGCGCGGGUGGUCCCCGGCCGGCUGACUUCGGCGCCGCGCGCUCCGGGCACCCCAAGGUACAAACUCCAGCCGCGUCGAUCAGGCACCCAGCCUCUCCCAGUCCCUCUGCUUUCUUUGUUCCACUAAGGGAACUGGCUACUGCUCCGGAGGACAAGACCACCGAGGAUGGCUGUGGAGAGAAAGCUGACGGUUUAGCAGAACACUUGGCAUGUGAUCAACUCCUCACAAUGAAGGCUCCCACCGUGCUGGCACCUGGCAUUCUGGUGCUGCUGUUGACCUUGGUGCAGAGGAGCCAUGGGGAGUGCAAGGAGGCCCUAGUGAAGUCUGAGAUGAACGUGAACAUGAAGUAUCAGCUCCCCAACUUCACGGCAGAAACCCCCAUCCAGAAUGUCGUCCUACACGGCCAUCAUAUUUAUCUCGGAGCCACAAACUACAUUUAUGUUUUAAAUGACAAAGACCUUCAGAAGGUAUCUGAAUUCAAGACCGGGCCCGUGUUGGAACACCCAGAUUGUUUACCUUGUCAGGACUGCAGCAGCAAAGCCAAUUCAUCAGGAGGGGUUUGGAAAGACAACAUCAACAUGGCUCUGCUUGUUGACACAUACUAUGAUGAUCAACUCAUUAGCUGUGGCAGUGUCAACAGAGGGACCUGCCGGCGGCAUGUCCUUCCUCCUGACAAUUCUGCUGACAUACAGUCCGAGGUUCACUGCAUGUUCUCCCCAGAAGAAGAGUCAGGGCAGUGUCCUGACUGUGUAGUGAGUGCCCUUGGAGCCAAAGUCCUCCUAUCAGAAAAGGACCGCUUCAUCAAUUUCUUUGUGGGGAAUACGAUCAAUUCCUCCUAUCCUCCUGGUUAUUCACUGCAUUCAAUAUCGGUGAGACGGCUGAAGGAAACCCAAGAUGGUUUUAAGUUUUUGACCGACCAGUCCUAUAUUGAUGUCUUACCAGAAUUCCAAGAUUCCUAUCCCAUAAAGUACAUACAUGCCUUCGAAAGCAACCAUUUUAUUUACUUUCUGACUGUCCAAAAGGAAACUCUAGAUGCUCAGAGUUUUCAUACAAGAAUAAUCAGGUUCUGUUCCGUAGACUCUGGAUUGCACUCCUACAUGGAAAUGCCCCUGGAAUGCAUUCUGACAGAAAAAAGAAGAAAGAGAUCCACAAGGGAAGAAGUGUUUAACAUCCUCCAAGCUGCUUAUGUCAGUAAACCAGGGGCCAAUCUUGCUAAGCAAAUAGGAGCUAGCCCUUCUGAUGACAUUCUCUACGGGGUGUUUGCACAAAGCAAGCCAGAUUCUGCUGAACCUGUGAAUCGAUCAGCAGUCUGUGCAUUCCCCAUCAAAUAUGUCAAUGACUUCUUCAACAAGAUUGUCAACAAAAACAAUGUGAGAUGUCUCCAGCAUUUUUACGGACCCAACCAUGAGCACUGUUUCAAUAGGACCCUGCUGAGAAACUCUUCGGGCUGUGAGGCGCGCAGUGACGAGUAUCGGACAGAGUUCACCACGGCUUUGCAGCGCGUCGACUUAUUCAUGGGCCGGCUCAACCAAGUGCUCCUGACAUCCAUCUCCACCUUCAUCAAAGGUGACCUCACCAUUGCUAAUCUAGGGACGUCAGAAGGUCGCUUCAUGCAGGUGGUGCUCUCUCGGACGGCACACUUCACUCCUCAUGUGAACUUCCUCCUCGAUUCCCAUCCUGUAUCUCCAGAAGUGAUUGUUGAGCAUCCAUCAAAUCAAAACGGCUAUACAUUGGUUGUCACAGGAAAGAAGAUCACCAAGAUUCCAUUGAAUGGCCUGGGCUGUGGACAUUUCCAAUCCUGCAGUCAGUGUCUCUCUGCCCCUUACUUUAUACAGUGUGGCUGGUGCCACAAUCAAUGUGUGCGUUCUGAUGAAUGCCCCAGUGGUACAUGGACUCAAGAGAUUUGUCUGCCAGCAGUUUAUAAGGUGUUCCCCACCAGUGCACCCCUUGAAGGAGGAACAGUGUUGACCAUAUGUGGCUGGGACUUUGGAUUCAGGAAGAAUAAUAAAUUUGAUUUAAGGAAAACCAAAGUUCUGCUUGGCAAUGAGAGCUGUACCUUGACCUUAAGCGAGAGCACGACAAAUACGUUGAAAUGCACAGUUGGUCCCGCGAUGAGUGAGCACUUCAAUGUGUCUGUAAUUAUCUCAAACAGUCGAGAGACAACGCAAUACAGUGCAUUCUCCUAUGUAGAUCCUGUAAUAACAAGCAUUUCUCCGAGGUACGGCCCUCAGGCUGGAGGCACCUUACUCACUCUUACUGGGAAAUACCUCAACAGUGGCAAUUCUAGACACAUUUCAAUUGGAGGGAAAACAUGUACUUUAAAAAGUGUAUCAGAUAGUAUUCUUGAAUGCUACACCCCAGCCCAAACUAUCUCUGAUGAGUUUCCUGUGAAAUUGAAGAUUGACUUGGCUAACCGAGAGACCAGCAGCUUCAGUUACCGGGAAGACCCCGUUGUCUAUGAAAUCCACCCGACCAAAUCUUUUAUUAGUGGUGGAAGCACAAUAACGGGUAUUGGGAAGACCCUGGACUCGGUUAGCCUCCCAAAGCUGGUAAUAGCUGUGCAUGAAGUGGGCGUGAACUACACAGUGGCAUGUCAGCAUCGCUCAAAUUCAGAGAUCAUCUGCUGCACUACUCCUUCACUGAAACAGCUGGGCCUGCAACUCCCCCUGAAGACCAAAGCCUUCUUCCUGUUAGACGGGAUUCUUUCCAAACACUUUGAUCUCACUUAUGUGCAUAAUCCUGUGUUUGAGCCUUUUGAAAAGCCAGUAAUGAUCUCAAUGGGCAAUGAAAAUGUAGUGGAAAUUAAGGGAAACAAUAUUGACCCUGAAGCAGUUAAAGGUGAAGUGUUAAAAGUUGGAAAUCAGAGCUGCGAGAGUCUCCACUGGCACUCUGGAGCUGUGUUGUGUACAGUCCCCAGUGACCUGCUCAAACUGAACAGCGAGCUAAAUAUAGAGUGGAAGCAAGCAGUCUCUUCAACUGUUCUUGGAAAAGUGAUCGUUCAACCGGAUCAGAAUUUUGCAGGAUUGAUCAUUGGUGCGGUCUCAAUAUCAGUAGUAGUUUUGUUAUUAUCCGGGCUCUUCCUGUGGAUGAGAAAGAGAAAGCAUAAAGAUCUGGGCAGUGAAUUAGUUCGCUAUGACGCCAGAGUACACACUCCUCAUUUGGAUAGGCUUGUAAGUGCCCGAAGUGUAAGUCCAACUACAGAGAUGGUUUCAAAUGAGUCUGUAGACUACAGAGCUACUUUUCCAGAAGACCAGUUUCCCAACUCCUCUCAGAAUGGAGCAUGCAGACAAGUGCAAUAUCCUCUGACAGACCUGUCCCCUAUCCUGACGAGUGGAGACUCUGAUAUAUCCAGCCCAUUACUACAAAACACUGUUCACAUUGACCUCAGUGCCCUAAAUCCAGAGCUGGUCCAAGCAGUUCAGCAUGUAGUGAUUGGACCCAGCAGCCUGAUUGUGCAUUUCAAUGAAGUCAUAGGAAGAGGGCAUUUUGGCUGUGUCUAUCAUGGGACUUUGCUGGACAAUGACGGAAAGAAAAUUCACUGUGCUGUGAAAUCCUUGAAUAGAAUCACAGAUAUAGAAGAGGUCUCCCAGUUUCUGACUGAGGGAAUCAUCAUGAAAGACUUCAGCCAUCCCAAUGUUCUCUCACUCUUGGGAAUCUGCCUGCGGAGUGAAGGGUCUCCUCUAGUGGUCCUGCCCUAUAUGAAACAUGGAGAUCUUCGAAAUUUCAUUCGAAACGAGACUCAUAAUCCAACUGUGAAAGAUCUUAUAGGAUUUGGCCUUCAAGUAGCCAAAGGCAUGAAAUAUCUUGCCAGCAAAAAGUUUGUCCACAGAGACUUAGCUGCAAGAAAUUGCAUGUUGGAUGAAAAAUUCACUGUCAAGGUUGCUGAUUUCGGUCUUGCCAGAGACAUGUAUGAUAAAGAGUACUAUAGUGUCCACAACAAGACGGGUGCCAAGCUACCAGUCAAGUGGAUGGCUUUAGAGAGUCUGCAAACACAGAAGUUCACCACCAAGUCAGAUGUGUGGUCCUUUGGUGUGCUCCUCUGGGAGCUCAUGACGAGAGGAGCCCCUCCUUACCCCGACGUGAACACAUUUGAUAUCACUAUCUACCUGCUGCAAGGCAGAAGACUCUUGCAGCCAGAAUACUGUCCAGAUGCCUUGUACGAAGUGAUGCUAAAAUGCUGGCACCCCAAAGCGGAAAUGCGCCCAUCCUUUUCUGAACUGGUCUCCAGGAUAUCCUCAAUCUUCUCCACGUUCAUUGGGGAACACUACGUCCACGUGAACGCUACUUAUGUGAAUGUAAAAUGUGUUGCUCCAUAUCCUUCUCUGUUGCCAUCCCAAGACAACAUUGAUGGCGAGGGGAACACAUGAUGAAUGAGAGGUCCACCAGCUCAUUUCCAAGAAACAGUUCUGGCCCAAACCUGACUAUCCCUUCCCCAACAGUUCUCACUGCCUGGCCUUUGGAAGGUCACUUAACGUUUGUUGUUGUUUUGUUUUGUUUUUUGUUUUGCUUUUGCGGUAACUGCACCACUAUGAGACAUUGACUUGCUAUUUCAAAUUCCUGGAUUCUAAGGAAUUUCUCAUCUGACAAUGCAACAGCAACAGAAGCAUGGUCCCCACAGGCUGGGGACCAGUGGCAACCUGCAGCUACAACACUCCUAUCUCAGCGGAGUUCUAAAUCUCAGUUCUGGCUUAAAAGUUUUAAAAAUAAGAUAUAUAUAUAUAUAUAUAUAUAUAUAUAUAUAUAUAUCCAAUACAAUGAACUUUGAAGAUUUCUCAGAAAACUCAGAAGAGACGCCCUCUUUCAGGAUAAAUGUGGUGUUCCUAGCAGGCUGCUUGUUGAAAUUCCAGUGUUUUAAAAAUAUUUUUGUUGUGUUGUAGUCGUGAACAUUUUCCAUUUCUGAUGUUGUCCACCCAUCAGGCAAACAUUCCCUUUUAAAUGUUCAUGUACACAUUCCUUCGGUUGGAAGAACAUCCACGGACAAAGCACUAUUCUUAAACUAGCAUGACAUGAGCUGUGUUUAUAAAUUAUCAGGGAUUUUAUGUAUUGUACAUAGAUGACAAUAGGAAGAUUGUUUAUUUCAAGAAAUAACUUUGUUACAGUAAAAUAUUCCUCAUUUAAAACCCAGCUGCUUAGCAAGGAGUGUUGGCUCACACCUACAAACCCAGCAUUUGGGAAGCUGAGGCAAGCAGAUUACCACAAGUUUGAAACCAACCUUGGCUACAUACAGAUGAUUUAUAUAUAGGCCAGCAUGGGUUACACUGUCUGUCUUAGCAAACAAAAUUUCAACUGUUUGAGAAAGAUUUUGUUCUGAUCUAAUGAAUGUGGACAUUUAAAUUUUUUAUCUGUUUUUUAAUGGCAACUUUGGAAAUAAGUAACUUGUGGUGAUAAAUCUUUUUAAAGGCAACUCAGUAUGUUUUUAAAGGACAAAAUAAAUUGACUGAAGGCUUUGCUACUUCCAGUCACAACCUGUGUAUAGAAGAAAGAAAGGGUCAAUGAUCGAGAACCAGACACUCUCGUUCAGGAGGAGGCUUCUCGCCUGAAACAAUUACACCCAACACUUUUGGGGAAGUCUCAUUUUUGCAUUAGGACAUAUUUUAGGUUAAACAAAAGCAUAUUUUGAAACAGACAAAAGCCAACUGAAAAUCUUGGAUGAAUAGUUACUGUGGACAGGACUUUUGACAUGUCUUGCUCUGUGGAAUUUUGUGCUUACUACUGUAUAGUGCAUGUGGCUUAGCUUACCCUAGCUGGUUUUGUCCGUGUAAACAUUGAAAGUAUUAUAUUUUUAUAGAAAUGUUUAUUUUUAAUGAUGUAAGAAAAUUUUUCCUUAGGCCGCAGAAAUCCUGCACUGUGAGCAUUUCAGAAGAGGUAUGUGAGACCCAGUUCAACGGCAGCAUGGUUUUUUAAAUGGCUGUAAGUUAUGAUAAGGAAGUGUACUGAUUGCCAGUACACUCCACCCUCAUUACGUCACCAGGACUUGAAGCCAAGGGUUAAGAGGGCAAGCUAUGACAUGGGUGUGCUCUGCUGAAACCCAAUCGUUGAACUUGGCUGUUGUUACAGGAAAAUGAUGGCAUCAACAGGUCUUUGAUGGUGGUGGAGCAUAUCAGAACACAUAAGGAACUAUAGCCCAGAUUUAUUUCAAUUCAAAUAUUACUGCUUCAUAAUUAUGAAGAGUAGUGCAAAUUUACAGAGCACUGUCAAAGACUGACAGAAAGAAAAAAAGAUCUGCUCUGUAGAAAGAAUUGUCUGCCAUUACAGGGUCAAGAAAAUGAAUGCGCCAAGAACAGUAAGAGCUGUGGAAGACACCCAUACCUGUAUAUACAUGCUCGAGAAAGCUGUAAUGUGAAAAUCAUGUUCUCUAUUUAUGACUCUUCCUAGGGCAAUGUGUCUGGACAGAUUGUAAGAGUAAGUCAUUUUCCUAAAGAAUUAGAUACUCGUCACUGCCUAUACCUGCAGUUGAGCUGAAUGGUACUCCAUGUGUUAAUAAUUGUUCUGAUGAAUCAUACAGUUGAAAUAAAGUGACGUAACAUCUUGUAUACCGUGA